AUGGGCGAUAGCUUUGAGUAUCCAGAUUUCUAUAAUUUCCCUCCCUUCUUCACCAUCCAACCAGUCUUGGCGACGAAAGAGAAACAGCUGGACCUGUGGAGAGAUUUGAUAGUCCGGUAUCACACGCAAUACAAACUAAAGACCCUGAAAAUAUACGAAUGCUCCUUGUGGUCAAAUGAUAAAAUCCAGCGGUCACUAAACCGGGAAGAGGUUCAAAUAGUCGCAGAUAAUUUGGUGGCCAAUGGGCACGGAGAAUGGAUUGAUGAAUCUCACACAACCUUGAGGGUCCUGUGGCGCAAACCGGAGGAGCUGGCGAGGGACGUUUACGAAUGGGCAGUACAGAAUGGCAAUAUUGGAAGUGUGUGUACACUAUACGAACUGCAUAGUGGUGAAGAUGUCAACGGAAUGUCGUUUGAAGGGCUGGACGAAGAAUUGCUCCGUAGAGCCUUGGCUGUUUUGGAAAAUGAAGGCAAAUGCACAAUUUUCAAAGGAGAUACUUCGGAAGAAGAUGGAAUCAAAUUUUUCUAA